ACCACCACGGCACGGCCGCCCCUCCAAAUCUCAUCCCUAUCCGAUGCUGCUAUCCGUCUCCCGCUCCGCCGACAAGUUCGCCCCCCUCGCCGGCCUCCGCUCGCUGCUCGUCCCCGACCCCGUCGCCGUGGGCGGAGGCGUCGUGACGCGGACGAUCCCCGCGUCGCCGCCGCCGCGCGGCGAGGCCGAUCCGGAGGAGAGCGUCGACGAGGAGGACGAGGGCUGCUGGGUCUCUUACGGCCGACGGGACCCAGGACGGCGCCGGCUGCCGCCGCCGAUCCCGUCGCUGGCGGGCCGUAGCGGUUUGCGCCGGGCGCGCACUGAGGACAGGAGGCUCGUCAUCAGCAAGGUGCGCGUCAUGCGGCCGGACUACUACGUCCGCGCGCGCCACGUGCGCGGCGGCCGCCUCCUCAUGCGCCUCGUCGAGCGCGAGGACGACUGCCCCCGCGAUCCGCUUCGGGCGCCCGGCUGCGCCCGUGAGGGCGGCGCCGAUCGGGCCGACGAAGCUGCGGCGGUGCAGGGAGACGUAAUCGAUGACGAGCAGGCGGCUGCGGCUCCGGCGACGAUGCCCGCAUUUGGAUGCUUCGAGGACGUGGUUAAGUACCAGUACGCCAUCGGUAGCAGCCCGCUGCACCGGGUGCCCUUGCUAAGGAUGGUUCAUUGAGAUCGAUCGCCAAAGGUGGGACUUUUUUAGCUGCUUGCCUUUGAUGGUGCAUUGGGAUCGCCUAGGUGAUUUUUUUUUGUAGCCGUGUGUACUAGUAGUGGUCAAUAUGCCUCCAAAUUGCAGCAUAGUUUUUUUACAGAAUUGUUGAUAAAAAAUCAGCCCAUGAAUCAAGUUUG